ACUUACAGAUGAAAAAGAUUGCAAAAAUCAACCAAGAAAUAUUGAAAAAUCUUUUUUAUAAAACUGCUGCAUAUUCGGACAGCUAAUUAAGUCACAAAUUAAAUUUUGAAAGUUGUAGUAGUUUCUAAAUUAGUUAAAAGUUAAAAUCUUUCAAUUUUAUCGUGUGAAUUUGACGAAAUAUUGCAAAAAGUUGUGUGUCAAUGUCAGUCGUGAAUGAGAGAAAAGAAGAUUUCAUAUGAUGAUUCAUUCAAGUGGUUUCAUGACUGUAUACUAUACUUAAAAUAAAGUUUAUCAAACACCAAAAUAUUCCUACACACAAUCAUUCAGUUAUCAGGGUUAAUUCUUAUCAAUUACCACAAUCAUAAGUGCACAGGAAAAGCCAAAGAGUAGCAAAGAAAAAUAAAUGGAAUGAAAAAUUGUCACAAAAUGGAAUUAAAAGUGCUAUAAAGUUUAAAGUGAAUUAUUGGAGUGUGUAAAAGUAAUUUUGCAAAAGUAUUUUGUGCAAUCCAAAAGUAGAAAAUUGUUUUAAAGUGCGAUGAAGAAGCAAUUUCAUAAAAUCAAAAUCGCAGCUGAAAAUUUCAGUCAAAGAUCAAGCAAGCCAGAAAAAAAUGAUGAGCUGCAGCAUGUUGAGCGACAGGUUGAUAAAUACCGUGAUGUUUUACAAACUCUCAGUAAAAAAGUGUCACCAUCAAACUCGAUAUCAGGACAGGAUGUAGUAGCACGUGAGAAGCGUAUGAAGAAGACUCAUGAAUAUCUUUUGGGUCAAGCGAUGGAAGAUUUAGAAAAGGAUUUACCCGAGGGAUUACUUCGGAAAAUUUUAGAUUAUUGUGGAAAACUUGAGAAAACAAUAGCAAGCGAGAUCGUGAAAAAUGAGAUGAACAUUGAAAGUGAUGUCAGUAAGAAGCUCAAUUCCAUCAUUGAAAGUCACAUAACGACAGUGCAAAAACAGAAACGAGUCGUUGCUAAGUGCCAUCAGGAUAAUGAAGCAGCAAAGCAGAAGUUACAGAGUGCUAGUCGACUCAGUGAGAAUGCAGCAAAAAUGAACCAAUUGAAAGAUGACCAAGAAGAAUGUGAAACGCGAUUAGAGAAGGAACGUGACAUUUAUGCAUCUAACAUGUUUGAUUUAUUAGCAGAAGAAGAUAACAUUUCCAACUACAUUUUGAACUACGUUAAAUAUCAACAACUUUUUUACAAGUCAGCGCUUGAGGAAAUUGAAAACCUCAUGAGUGAUAUGAAUGCAAUGAUAAGAGUUAGUAACAAAAGAGUAUUCAAUACAUCGCUUGAGGAUCAUCUUGAUACGAGCGGAAGGAAGAUUUCCUACGUAAUUGAGCUAUGUGUUUGUUGUUUACUUGAAAAAGGGCUAUACGAGGAGGGUUUACUGAGAGUAGGUUGUGGAAAAAGCAAACUUAUGCGUAUGAAAAGUGCGAUAGAUGCAAAUUUUGUAACACCACCAAUUCCACUUGAGUAUCAAGAUGUUCAUGUUGUUGCUUCUGUUUUGAAAGCUUAUCUUCGAAGUCUUCCUGAGCCAUUGUUGACUUAUCGUCUUUACAAUGAUUUCAUGGAAGUCUCUCAAAUUGUCAACGAUCAACAACGAAAAGCUGCCAUUCUUAACAUCAUUAAUCAAUUGCCUGAAGGGAAUUACAACAAUCUUAAAUAUCUGAUGAAGUUUCUAUCGAAAUUAAGUGAAAAGAACCAACAGAAUAAAAUGUCAACACAGAAUAUAGCGAUUGUUAUGUCGCCAAAUCUUCUUUGGCCGCAGAAUGAGAAUGAUCAGAAUUAUGCGCAACAGGUGACAUCAACAUCGGCUGUGAAUACCGUAGUUGAAACGUUAAUUGGCGAUUGGGAUUUCUUUUUUGAAGGCGACGUCAACUUUUACGAGACAAUGAGUCGUGAUGAGCUUUUCCCUGAUAACGGUGGCUUUCCUUAUGAUAAAGAACAAGCAGUAACUCACCAUACGAAAGCUGCUGAUCAAGUGAUGAUGUCUAUGUCAAUGAUUGUUGGUGGUGAGAAUGUUAAGAAUGGUCCAGGACAUGGACAUGGUCAUAUACAAUCGAAAUUAUCGCAUUCGCGUUCGAGUAGUCAUGAUACUAGUCUCAUAUUAAUAAAUGAUCCUCCGAUGAAAUCGAGUCGUUCAAAUAGUUCACUUUCCGAUACAAGUCCAACGACGGGCUCACCAAAGUUACCGACACGACGGAAACCAAAAGCUCCUGUACCGCCUGCUUUGACGACACCACCAUCAGCUAAACCAAAAUUGGAAACGAAAAUUUCCUUACCAAUGAGCGUCUCAAAGCUUCAUGACACGUCAAGUUUUAGUUAUAUAGAUUCAGAUCCAUCACUUCAUGUCGAAGAAGGAAGUCUUAAGAAAGCUGGAAGUUCCGACAAUAUUCUAGCAAAACCCGACCGUCCACCACGUCCUGUCUUAGCUAAUGCUGAAUGUCAGACAAUGUCGAAAGCCUUUGUUCGUCAAGUGCCGUUGAAAGAUAAAUCAUCAUCAGCUUCAGGUUCGUCAAGACCUGUCGCAGCACCAAGAACCACACUCAUCAGAGGUGAAUUUGAAAAGAGUGAAGAAAAUUUGGUAAACUUACGAGAAAAGCCAGCAAUUCCAGAUAGACCAGCAACAUUAGUUCGACCAGCAUCAUUUCGAGCAGCAACUGGUGGAAUGUCAUCACCAACAUCAAUUUUAACUAAUGAUAGAUUGGUUGAAGAAUUGAGUGCAACAUUUGCGAAUAAAGCUGCAACAACAGUUCGUCGAAAUAAUUCACUUCGUGAUGGACGAUCAUCAGAAUCAAAUGGAGAAACGCCACAAUCGAAACAAGUGACAACAAUGUACAGUGUUGAUAAACAACAAGUGUCUAUAGUUGACUUACCACCAACUGGAUCGCCUCAUACAUCACGAAGACAACUCUUUAUUAAUGAAAGUGAUAACAAGGAAAAUAGUCAAAAUUUGAAUGUGAAAAGUGAAUUGAGUGGAUCAACUGAUGCCCUUACUGAUGAUCAAUCUCAACAACAACCGUCAUCGCCUAGAGAAGGAAAGAUUAAACGACCACAAGUUCCACCACCAGCACGACCACGAAGUAGCGAUAGCUCGGGUGACACCACUAAGUUAUAACAUGAAAUGCUUAUAUAGUAAAUCUUAACGCCAUCGAGAAAUUCGAUGGUUAAAUUUCUUUUUAUUAUUUAAAUUUUCAUUCAUUGUUUAAAUAUCUUAUUGUGACAAUUGAAUUGUUUUGCAUGAAAAUGAUGUUUAUGUAUACUCCGCAUAUGUUUUCAUUCUUUCUCCUCUUACAUUAAAAAUGUUUAGUCUGAUACCGAGUGAAAAUCAGGUUGCAGCAUCUAAAAGGGGAAGAAAAGAAAAAAAAGUUUUUUCAAUUUAAAGCUCAAAUUUAAACAGAAAGAAAUUCUCAUGAAAAUUAUAUCGUUGCUUCUUCGUAAUGCUUUUUAACAAAGAAAAUAUAUUUAUAGGAAGUGUGAAGGGAGAAAAAUUUGAUCAUCAUAAUCGAGUCUACAAGUUAAGAAGACAAAAGUGAAGAGAGAAAGAGAGUUUGCACUGUAUUGAAAUGUUAUUGCAGUGUAAAUUCUUCUACGAAAUAUUAAUUAUUAUUUUCAUAUCAACAAAAGUAAACAACUAAAGAAAGAGAUAUUUAAAUUUAGUGGGUGUUUUAGUGAGU